GAAUUAAUCUCAGCCUCCAACAUGGUGUACAAGAUUGCAGCUAUCAAGGACUAUAAAGGCACAAUAGCGUUACCCACCGGGUGAGUAUGUAAAAGCAAAUAUUGUGAAUUCGAGGCGUCUUAAAAUCCCGAAAAGAUGAUAGCCAGGACUCUGCCCGGAGAAGGGAAAUACACUUUCAUAACCUCGACUCCUUUUUACUCGGCAAAAGAGAGACAGGAGACGAAGACCCUAGUGCGAAGACAUGUGAUGCGUCCAUUCAUGAAACAAAAUCGACCAAAAAGGGCAAAUGGUGUGAAAAACAUUGCGCCAAGGUCUUUUGGUGGUGCGUCAUCACUCCAGAUAUCCAUCCCACACGCGAAUAGAGAGGAGGUAGACACAGAAGCAGAAGCAGAAUUAAAAAGCGAGGGACCAAUGGGCUUGCAAACCAAUUCGAUGAUUCUACUGGGUAAUGGCCGUGUGAAUCCCUUUCAAGCAUGGCCUGUUAAGAUGGACACUCAAGAGCAUGAGUUGGUGCAUCACAUCUGGGAUCCAUCACAGUGCUUCCAGCCAUUCAGAGACUUCUGGUUUCCGCUUGGUACAAACGAUUCCGCGGCAAUGCACUUGAUGUUGGCUAAUGUUGCCCUACAUCUUAAUGCCCUUAAAGGAAACCGAGACGAGGAUCGUGAUUCAAUGAAAUAUCAUUUCUCAGCUAUUAGAUCCGUAAAUCGGAGAUUAGCACAUUUCGAGGUGGAAAAUUCAGAUGGAAUUCUGGGAGCUAUACUUGGCUUUAUGUGUCACGAUCAUCUUCUCUCUAAUUCGGAGAGGUGGAAGAUCCACCAGGCUGGCUUUUAUAAAAUAUUGGGGUUGAGAAGCGGACUAUCAAGUAUCGACAAUAUCCCACCAAUACGACUUUCUCUGUUCUGGAUCGAACAUAAUAUGUCUAGUGACUUAGACCUUGUGCCUCUUUCUCCUCCGCCUGUUCAAUAUCUUAGGAAUCCUUAUCUUCCAAGGUAUCAGGCUGAAGGCGAAGCUUAUUUUGUUAGCAUCUGUGAGCACUCUAAUAUCUCAUCUUUUCUUUCUGUGGGUAUUCUCGAUAUCAUGAAGCAGUUGAGUAUCCUCACAAUCACGAUAUCUCGUGAGAAUGAAAAGAGAAGCCUAUCAGAGGAUGCACAAUUUCUUUGGGGUGACCAGAACUUUGCUGGUAUGUGUGUCUAUCCGAUCUUGUCGAGACUUUUAACUACACAAAAAGAGAUAAAGCAUGAGAUCGAAGAGUUGUGUAGGAUUGGUGGGCUGCUCUUCAUAGCGCAAACAAGAAGAUGGUUCGGCGUUGCGCCCGUAGUAUCUAAGGUGUUUAUCGCUAAGCUGCGUCGACUACUGGAGAGCGAUGGCGACAUAUGGAAUGCAAAGGUGAAGAGUCUAAGAGUAUGGACUCUUGUCAUGGCUGGCUGUGCAGCAACUACUGAGGAUGAGAAAGUUUGGAUAGCUGAAACCCUUAGACGGGAUGUCAUCAACUGGUCUGAGUUGGAGAACGUGAAGAACAUGUGGUGGAUAGAUGAAAUCCUUCAGGUUGGAAUGUUAGAUAUUGAGGCAGCCUUUUAUUCGCGCCAGGAUAUUAAGUAAUUAUCGAAAGAAGUCUAUCAUUUUCACCCACGCGAAGCAGAAAUUCCAAUCAACAAGAAAAGUUCACGUCUCACAUAAUAAUUUCUAAGCCGCGCACGAAAUACGUAGAACAGGAUUGUUGAUAGAAAAAUGCAUGUUGAAUCUCGAAAA